UAGUACGUGCGGUGAAGAAAAAGCUCCUCUCCCACUGGCUGCUAUGACCUAAGCAGCUACCGGACGACACUCUCUUGUUUUCACCGCUGACCGCUGCGUCUGAAAUAGUUUGUUUGGUGCGUUUUUUGGCUCUCACACAUCCAGCGCACGGUCGUUUAUGGUUGCGCCGCCGCGACUUUUUCCUCGUAGCUGCUGGCCUCUUGAGGCUAGCUGGCUAGCAGAGCCGUGACAAGAGUGAAGCCAGCUGGUCGGACCGAGACACAGUAACGGUAGCAAACAAGCUAAUUAGCCGGAAAGACUCAGCCUGGAUUAUUGUCUUUAAUCAAAGAGAGGGAGAGAGAGAGAGAGCAAGUCUGCGGGGGUCACUCACUGCGCCAAAAUGAAGAUAACUGUGGAUUUCGAGGAGUGUUUGAAGGACUCCCCACGGUUCAGAGCCACCAUAGAGGAAGUGGAGGGGGAUGUGUGUGAGUUGGAAUCCAAGCUCGACAAAUUGGUGAAGUUGUGUAUUGGGAUGAUUGAUGCUGGAAAAGCCUACAAUGCAGCCAACAAGCAGUUUGUGAAUGGGAUCCGGGAACUAGCCCAGCAGUCCACCAGAGAUGAGGUCAUUGAGUCCAGUCUCACAAAGUUUGCUGAGAGCCUGCAAGAGAUGAUCAACUAUCACACGAUAUUAUUUGAUCAGGCCCAGAGAUCAAUCAAGACCCAGCUUCAGACAUUUGUCAAAGAUGACCUGCGUAAGUUUAAAGAAGCCAAGAAGCAAUUUGAUAAAGUCAGUGAGGAGAAGGAGGCAGCACUGAUCAAGAACGCCCAGGCACCCCGCAACAAGCAGCAUGAGGUGGAGGAGGCCACCAACAUCCUCACUGCCACACGCAAGUGCUUCCGACACAUCGUCCUCGACUACGUCUUACAGAUCAAUGUGCUACAAUCCAAGAGAAGAUCAGAAAUCUUGAAAUCGAUGCUGUCCUUCAUGUAUGCCCACUUGACGUUCUUUCACCAAGGAUAUGACCUCUUCAGUGAACUACAACCUCUUAUGAAACAGCUUGGAGGACAGUUGGACCAGCUGGUGGUGGAUGCUGCCAAAGAGAAGAGAGACAUGGAGCAGAAACACUCCACCAUCCAGCAAAAGGCUGCUCUGCAGGAGAUGACAGAGCUCGACUCUUUACCAGACUACCGCAACUUUUGUGCUUGGAGGUCGACCUCCGAUUUCUCGAAUGACGACACCAAGCUGGAGUACAAUGUGGAUGCAGACAACGGCAUCGCCAUGGAGGGUUAUCUGUUUAAGAGGGCCAGUAAUGCCUUCAAAACAUGGAAUAGGCGUUGGUUCUCCAUCCAAAACAAUCAGCUAGUUUAUCAGAAGAAAUUUAAGGACAACCCUACAGUGGUGGUAGAGGACCUUAGGCUAUGUACAGUAAAACACUGUGAAGACAUAGAGCGUCGCUUCUGUUUCGAAGUGGUAUCACCCACCAAGAGCUGUAUGAUGCAGGCAGACUCAGAGAAGCUGCGGCAGGCCUGGAUCAAAGCCGUCCAGAACAGCAUCGCCACCGCCUUCCGCGACAAGGGAGAUGAUGGCGAGAAGCUGGACAGGAAGUCGUCCACAUCGACAGGGAGUCUGGACUCCGGUGGAGAGCCAAAGGAGAGAUCACUGAAAGGAGAGAGUGCCCUGCAGAAGGUCUUGGCCAUCCCUGGCAAUGCCUGUUGCUGUGACUGUGGCCAGCCAGACCCUCGCUGGGCCAGCAUCAAUCUGGGCAUCACCCUCUGUAUACAGUGCUCUGGCAUUCACAGGAGCCUUGGUGUGCAUUUCUCUAAGGUUCGGUCUCUGACUUUGGAUACAUGGGAACCAGAACUACUUAAGUUGAUGUGUGAAUUGGGGAACAAAGUGAUCAACCAGAUCUAUGAGGCUCGGCGAGAGGAGCUAGGAGCUAGAAAACCACAUCCAGGAGACCCAAGACACGAGGUAGAGGCCUACAUCAAAGCCAAAUACGUGGACCGUCGGUUUGUACGUCGGCCAUCGGAUGAGGAGCUUCGCAGCAAAGUGGUUUCUCUGAGCAAACAGGAGAAAAGGCUGAGCACCAGCUCUGAGCAUCUGCCUCCAAAACCGCCUCCGCCUACCCCCAAGAUGCGAACUGGUUCAAACGUCUCCGGACAAACAGUAAAAAGUGCAGACAGUGGCAUCCAAAACAGCGCUGACGGAAGCAGGGAAAUGCUGGCCACCACCCCGUCCAAUAACAGCCUGGCAGAUGCUGAAGCUGCUGAGUCUCCGCCCAUGCCCAUGCCGGCCACACUGCCUCCUCCGUCACCCUGUAAGGAGAUGGUUUUCUAUGAGCCCAAGGAGUACAGCCCAGGUCUGCAGCUCUACUGGGCUUCAUGUGCCCGCAGUUUGCCAGACAUGGCCGAGGCACUGGCCCAUGGAGCUGAGGUCAAUUGGGUCAACACGGAGGACGACAAGAGGACGCCACUUAUCAUGGCGGUGCAGGGAGGUUCACUCGUCACCUGUGAGUUUUUGCUUCAAAAUGCAGCUAAUGUGAACCAGCAGGACGCUCAGGGUCGGGGGCCCCUCCACCACGCCACCAUGCUGGGACACACUGGGCAAGUGUGUUUGUUCUUAAAAAGAGGAGCAAAUCAAAAUGCCGCAGACAUUGAUGAGAAAACACCCCUGACCAUAGCAGUGGAGGCAGCCAACGCAGACAUUGUCACACUGUUGCGACUGGCGAAGAUGAACGAGGAGAUGCGAGAGGCAGAGGGGCCCUACAGCCAGUCAGGAGAUGAAACCUACCAGGACAUUUUCCAGGACUUCACCCACAUGGCCUCCAAUGACCCAGACAAGCUGAACCGCUAUCAGCAGUACGACCCACAGCGACCCUGACACUGCAAAGACUCUGUCCCCUAGCACGCAGAAAGACAUUGUCUGCUCAGCCUGAGAGAGACAGAGUAACGUCUGCCUCCACCCGGAAAGUCACCUGGUCAUUUUUCCUCCAGCAUUAUUCUGAAACAUCUGCAUUAAAGCCAGUUAGUGCCACCACAGCUGGACACAUUUCAUCAUAUCCAACGUGACUGAAGCUCCCUUUCAUCAGAUUCGUUUGACACGCAGCUGUGAUUACGGCCCUUGUGGUAAAGUACAAGGACUUCACUCAAGUAAAGGGGAACUUCUGUGAACGGAAAACCUCACUUUUUUUUGUUUUUUUACCCUUUGUUUUUAACUGUGCUUGUUAGUAGAAUCUAUUCCAACAAGUCAAUGGUACAGUGUUAAAAGCUUUUGAAAGGAUUUGCAGAGUAAUUAAAAAAAAAUAAAAAAGUCAAAUGAUAAUUGAACUCAGUCUGAAUGUAGAGCUGCUGACAAGGCUGCCAGUUAUUUUGACUGGGAUUUUUCAUGUCACACAGUAACUGGCAAAGGACAAUGUCUUUUUUUUUGUUAAUAUGAAAAAAAAGAAAUGUGCUGCCUCGCUUGUAAAGAGAGGUAAGUGCAUGACAGACUGUUAAAUACUCCAUUUCAAUUUUAAGUGCUUCCUCUUUUCAGUAGGAUUCUCUCUGCGAGCAUAGGCAUCUUUUUUGUAUCAGUUUUGUUUUAUGAACUUUCAGCAGCGUAUAUAUGGCAAUAUGCUUUCACUUAUUUGCACAAAUCCCUUUGUCUUAAAUCGCCACUGAUGUUUACCAGUUUUGAUGGUAAGACUUUGACGUGUUAAACAAUGUACAGUGAUAAUUGAAGUACAUGUUACUGAUGCGUCUUUAAUGUCGAAUAGAUAAGGUUUUUUUUCUUUUGAUUUUUAAAUGCUUGUUAUUUUGAACAUUUUCCUCUGAAUGACUUUAAUCUCCCAUGUCGCCAGCACGUCAGGCCCUGUGGUGAGCUUCAGUGCGGCAGUCAGCCUUUCAGCUAGCCUCAGUCAUCUGAGGCGAUUUUUAAUUUGUAGAUUCUGUCUCAUGAUGUUGUGAGAUGAAAAAGUUAAGAACUGUGCAUCAGUCUGGAUCUGUAGAGUAUAUAGACAUUUUAUUCCCAUUGUUUGUAGAAUUACUGGUAACUCUUUAUUUAUUUUUUACAGGUUCAUAAUUUAUUUCCACUGAGGUUUUCUGGAAGGAACUGUGUGAUUUGGUAUUAAUUUUUGGGAACGUAGUAUCUAAAUCCAAGUAAAUUUUGUCAUUUAAUAUUGGAAACUUAAAGUUAUUAUCCUGAAGAUCUCAGUCCUGGUUGAUUUGACGAUACCCAUGGUUACCGUGGUAACAGAAAGAGCAGUUUAAUUAUAUAGCAACUCCUCAUCUAACCACUCACUGUGGCUGUUCCUACUCAUUUCAUUACUUUACCUUGCUGAAGUUAAAAAUGUGACAAAUGCA